AUGAUUGGAGAUUGUGAAUAAUUAACAGAAAGCAGGGUGCACAGACUGAGCCGAGUGCAUCAGAGAUUAGCUAUUAAAUGCCAAACAUCACCAACGCAAUGGGCAGUUGGAAAGAUCGAAGACUGGGAGCCUGAGUAAACAAACAAGUGAAGGAAAUGGCCGCAGAGGAGAAUGAGAUGGGUCUGCUCCAUCGACUAUCUGAUCUAUUUUCCAUGGGGACUGUGACUAUCUCCCAGACUGACCUCCUGACUGGAUGUCCUGCUUCGAGAGGCAGCUCCCGUGCGGCCAGUUUAAUGUGGCUGCCAGAGGUAUCUGUCCCCAUGGCCAUGGACGGGCACUGCCAGGAGGAUAUUGAGAAGACCUUUCAGUUUCUGAUCCACCGCCUGGGAGGCAGGGAGGCAGUGCUAAUGGUGGGAGACAUCUACAGCGGUGGCAGUCAGCGUGAGAGAGGCCUGCUGUGCUGGGAGGUGGCCCAGGAACUGUUCCGAGGAACCCAGCAAUCCCACAUGGAGCUUAGCGAGGCAGCCACUCCAAAGGAAGAGGGCGAGGGGGCUCAGACUCCAGGGCUCUCAGCUUGCCCAGUGGGAUCACGAUCCAUCGCCGCCAAGCUCAUCCUCUUUGUCUUCCGCGAGGAAUGGUUGAAACAGCAGGAGGGCAGAGGGACGGUGCGAGAAAUUCUGAAAGACGUGAGACAGCGAUGCCAGCUAUUUGUCCCCACGGUGCUGGGGCUGAUCUACUGUCGGAACGAUGGCUCCGAGCUGUCUGACCACCUGAUCCUGCUGGCACACUCUAUCAGCGAGGUUUUCGACAUUCCGCAGACGAGAGCUCCAGCCUGCGUCAAUGCCUACAUCAAAUCCAGGCCCUCCUCCAUCCUGAACACCAAGAGGCUAAUCUGUGAGCUGCUGACCUCCAGUGAUACAGUGUACAGGCCAAGCAGCCAGAGGAGGAUGGGGGUUAAGGGACUGACCUGUUUCCCCUGGUAUAGCAGGCGCAAGGAGCGGGCCAAACUGCCCAAAACUCCGAAUCUCGAAGGAACCACAAGCCGGGCCGAGGUGCUGCGCACCGCGAAGGGGAGCAUUGACGGUCACAAACACUGCACCUACUACAGUGAGAAAGCUCGACUCUCCUUCAGGCAUGAGCUGGGAUCCGCCAUCUCCGUCAUUGACUCCACCAACUGAGAUCUAAAGACAGGAGCAAAGCGAGAGAAAGAAGUGAAAUCCAGAGCGAGGUGUCCCGCCUCAGAGGGUCAGUGUAAUCGCGUGAAGGUGGUCUCACUUUGUCACAGCAUGGGACCCCAGGCUAUCGAGAUCUCAGACUCGGUUUAAAAUUUGAUCAAACGCGACACUCAACUUAGGUACGCAGCCCUGCUCCCUCCUAAUAGAUGAAUAAUGGCCCAGAAACUAUGUGUCUCAGCAAUGUAACACUUCCCCAGAACACUCUGUCAUAAUAAAUCUGUUAGAUUGUUCAAUACCACUUCACCCAGCUAACAAUACCUGAGAUACCAUAUCCAUUACCUCAUCAGGUAAAUCAGCCUGUUGGAGGGAAACACUCCCAGGACAGGGACACAUGGGGUUAGAUGCAGCAUAGAGCUCCCUCUACACUGUCCCCCAUCAAAGAGUUGCAGGAUAGGGCCAGCAUGGGGUUAGAUACAGAGUAAAGCUC